AUGGAAACCCUUCUGUUCGAUCUCGACGGCACGCUCUAUCCCCUGGACAACGGUUACCACAUCCACGUGCGGCAAAAUAUGUGGCGGUUCAUGAGCGACAAGCUGGGGAUAGAGGAGCCGGAGAAGGUUUGGAGGCCGCUUUUUCAGAAGUACAACCAAUCGGCAAAGGGACUACGGGUAGGAGGCGGCUACGAGUUCGACCUGGAGGACUUCUGGACUAGCGUCAGGGCCGGCGCCGCGGACUUCAUCAAGGAGGCACCGCCGGGGGUAAAGUCGGCGCUCGAGAAGCUGCCGCAGAAGGACAAGUACGUGUUCACCAACUGCAACGAAGUCGAGGCGGAGGAGGCCUUGGCGCUACUGGGAAUCCGGCACCACUUCAAGGGCGUCAUCGGCGCCAAGGCCAUGGGGGAGACGUGCAAGCCCGACAAGGCGGCUUUCGAAGGAGUGCUCCAGUCGGUGGGAGCGGACCCCGCCAAGACAGUGAUGUUCGAGGACUCCUUCAAGAACCUCGUGACGGCCACCUCGCUGGGGAUGGCCACCGUGUUCGUGCAGUCGGACACCGCGAGAGAAGAGGGGGUCGGCUCGGUCGAGCUGGACACCGUCGACGCAGUGGUCUGCGACCUGUCAGAGGAAGAGCUGAGAGCCAAGGCUCCAUGGCUGUGGGUGGGGGACCGCUGA